UUUCUGGAGUGGCCAUCUUCAAUCGAUCCAGAAAGUGGUUUCGAAAGGUGGCAUUUUCGAUGACUACAUUCUGGAACUAACCGAAACAUACGGAAUGAUAUUCCGGAUUUAUAUGUGGCAUCAGACGUUUGUCAUUGUUUCCGACCCUGAGCUUGUCAAGAAUGUCCUUGUGACCGGAAAUUAUCCAAAAUCUAAAGCGAUAUACUCCAGGUUAACACAUUUGUUUGGGACAAGAUAUGUCGGGAACGGACUUGAAAGUGAAGUUGAUCAAACAGUUUGGAUAGUCCAACGUAUGCAUUUCAAUCACUGGUUUAAACCACAUAAUCUACGUCAAUUCACUCCGGACUUCAAUGAGUAUGCCGACAGUCUUGUACACCAGCUGGGAAAGUAUGCGGACGGGAAAACGCAUACGCCCAUGGAGGAAUUGUUUCACAAAGUUACACUUCACCUGAUGUGUAAG